GUUAUAAAAAUUAUUCUAAUCAAGAUUGCUCUUUACGAGAAAUUGCCCACGAAAUGGGAAUUUCUGUAAAAUCCACCAAGAACAAAUACAUUCGAAAUGAAAGAUAUUAGAAUACUACUAUAGAAAGGGUUUCCUUACAAGAACAAAUACAUUCGAAAUGGAAGAUAUUAGAAUACUAUUUGGUGAGUCCUCGAAAAAUGGAUGUUUCGAAGAAUAUCGAAAAUGUAUUGAACAUGUUAUAAAAGAAAAGGACAUGUGGAAAUUCAGUUGUGGAAAUGAUAGAACCUUCGAACAGAACAUUUGACGAAGAAUCAUUUGAUUUAUCUAACAACAAGAACAUACAUUUUCAUUAUUAUGUUAAUAUUUCAAGUUGUGAAAGUUUCCCUAAGAUUCGGAAUUGACAUCAAUAAAAUUUCCCUACCUGCCAAUAUUUUCAUAGGAAUUUCAUUUACCUAAAUUAGAAUUAUUAGGUAUACCUUUCGAUUCAUAAUUGGAACAAUUCAUAUAAAAGUGCAUGCAUACUCUGGAUCUUACAGUUUUGAAAAUAUUUCAACAUGUGUGAAAGUUUCAAAUGUUUCCCGGCAGACCAAACUCUCCGACUAAGUUUCCUGGAAAUUAGUGACCAAGUCAGUACAUUGAACUAAAGGACACCACACCACCAACCCAGAUGCCGUACUCCAGAAAGCGAAGUUGCGACGACUCUGUUUCAACAACGGACGGCAGUCUAUCAUAUCGGUCCUCGUCUUCGGGCUCUUCGGAGUAUGGACGGAAGAGGUUGAAAUACCCAAUGCACGAUAGGAAACCGAGAUCCCCAACUUACCGUCGAAGGUCUAGAUCUCCAACUUACCGUCGAAGGUCUAGAUCUCCAACUUACCGUCGAAAGUCUAGAUCUCCCACUUACCGUAGGAAAUCUAGAUCUCCAACUUACCCUCGAAGGUAUAGAUCUCCAUCCUAUGGUAGAAGGCUCUAUGUCGAUAUUUCACCUUACAGGAAGGAGCAACGGUUUCAAAGUCCUGGAAGGACUCAUAGGAAUGGACAGAAUUAUAGAAGCCCUUCUCCCAUCUCUGCCAGGGUUUCCUUGGUGAAAAUCCCAACAGAAGGCUCCAGUUUAUUCUCAGAAUUGAUCAGAAACAAAUGCAAAAGAGAAAUGGGAGAAGAAUGGACCAAGGAAAUGAAGGAUCCAGCAGGAGCAAUUAAUCAUAGAAAUGAAAAAGUGGAGAAAAAUUUACUGGCAAAACGAAUGAAACAUUCAGUUCAAUCUGAGUGUAUCAUUGAGAUUUCAGACUGUGAGGAAGAUACUGAUAGUCCUUCACUGAUGAGUGUUGAGAAGGUGUUGAAUGUUCAUAGCAAGGUUAUUGCUGAACCAGUGCCUGUACCAGUGAAGAUACAAACACCGGAAAUACAGAUUGAAGAAAAUAUAUACAUUCAACAAAGGAAUCCGCAACUGGUGAAUAUCCAUAGCAAGGAUGUUGCUAAACCAGUGUCUGAACCAGUGAAAAAACAACCACUGGAAAUACAGGUUGGAGAAUUAUACCUUCAACGCAGGAAACCAGAACUUGACGCGAUCGAAAAUACGAGCCAAAUAAGGAUACCUUCAAAUGAAGUGUAUAACUCUCGGUCCUCAAUCCUGCUAGACGGAAGAAUGCCUGAAGAAUCACUACACAUAGGGAGGCCAACCGUAAUCAAUCCUUGUAAAGAUGGUUCACUAGUCAGUACAACCCUAGGCCCGAAUCUACCAAAGACAAGAUGUCUGGAUGAGUUUCAGAUCAUUGAUAUAGUUGGAGAAGGUACUUAUGGAAAAGUUUAUAAAGCAAAAGACAAGAACACGAAUGACUUGGUAGCCCUUAAAAAAAUAAAGAAUUUCAACGAGGUAGAUGAAUUCUCGAUCACUGCUUUGAGGGAAGUUAAAAUUCUCCAUCAACUGAAUCAUCGAAAUAUUGUCAAUAUCCAAGGGGUGGUGUCUAACAAGAGCAAAUCUGAGGAUUUCAAGAAGGACGGUUUGAUUUAUUUGAUUUUGGAAUAUAUGGAUCAUGAUCUUAAGGGCCUUCUGGAGUCAUCGAUGGUUGUGUUCAGCGAACUCCACAUUGCUUCCAUCAUGAAGCAGUUGUUGAGGGGUCUUCAGUGCUGUCAUGAGAAGCAUAUACUUCAUAGAGACAUAAAAACUAGUAAUAUUCUAAUGAACAACCGGGGACAAGUUAAACUGGCUGAUUUCGGUUUAUCCAAGCAGCAAGAUCCAAGAGAUGCAAGGAGACUUUACACAAAUAAAGUCGUCAGUUACUGGUACCGGCCUCCGGAGUUACUGCUGGGUGAACGGCGAUAUGGUCCUGCAAUAGAUAUAUGGAGUUGCGGUUGUGUUCUUGGGGAACUUUUCCAUAAGAAGCCCAUGUUUCCGGGGAAGGAAGAUCUCAAUCAGCUGGAUUUGAUAUCAAGAGUGUGCGGUUCUGCCACUCCUGAUGUCUGGGCUUCUGUUGUCAGUCUACCGCAUUUUAAAACGCUAAAUCCCACACAUAUAUACCGCAGGAAACUGAGGGAUAUAUUUUCUUUCAUUCCCCCUCUAGCAUUAGAUAUAUUAGAUGAGAUGUUGAUGUUGGAUCCUGACAAGAGAAUAACAGUAGAAGAUGCUUUGAACUCUUCGUGGCUGAAGAAUGUCAAUCCCGAAAGAAUAACUCCGCCUGAGCUGCCAAAACACAUGAUUUGUCACGAGCUACUGAGCAGAAAACUCAAAAAGUUGGGAUGAGUCUGAGAGUCAUUGUUGCUCUGUUGAAACUUUCAUUGUACUUUGAUGACGAACAUUCAAUUUUUUUUUUUAGAUUUUAGAUUACAGAGAAAUGCGAUACUAAGAAUAUUUGAGUUGCCUUCAAAUCGGAAACGUCUGGAAUCUGUUUAAAUAAAUUUGUUUAAAAUCUG